AAGAAAGCAAGUCGGCCACUUUGGACUACAUUUUAAUUCCAAUGCUAAACUACUAUUUUAGCUCGUUAUACUUGAAUGGAAUAUUUGCAAAAUCAAGGUUUUGUAUCGUUAACAGGAAACACCAGCUAAAGAGUCCGGUUGAAUACUACGGUUGAUUCUGUAAUUUCUUGACAUUGCUGGAAUAAUGCGUAAUAGAUUCAACAUUUGUCCUGCGCUCAAUCUUUUUAAUGUACUGGAAAAACACAUAUUUGAACAAUAAGGACAAAAAAAUGCAAUGGAAUUAAAUCACACGACACAAAGUUGUAGACUGUUUUUUUUAAGAAACUGCUGUACCCUUCAGUCUGGCAAAGUCUCGUUGCAAGUGUAUCCUACGAAUAGACCGUGUGCAGUGAACAGGCCGCUUUGAAAUUUGGACUAAUACUGGAGCUCUUCGCAAUAUGCAGUUGCAACGGUGCUGACAUAUAAUCCUAGGAUUCGACAAGCUCAGGUUGUCAUUCGAAGUGUCUGCGAACUUGGUGUUGGACGUCAUACUUAAGGCUGCAGCACCGCCUUCCAAAAAGAAAAAAAAAAGAAACCGCAAAAAACGAGCGGCAGCGUUCCGUAUUCCUAGCUUCAGUGUGAAAACAUAUAGGCUAGAGACUGUCCUGGUAACUGACGGAGGGAAGACUUCAUGAAAAAGUUCACCGCGCAUAGACGCUGUAGAUAGUGUUCGGCGAAAAAGUUCAGUAAAGCCUGAAUUUACAGACUCUAUUCACGGGACGAAUUUAGGACUUUGGAUUACGGCACAUGUCAUCUUCAUUUAGAACUGACACUGACGGAUAAUCUCAGGUGGGGCAUGCCAGGCAAGGGAGAACGGUAGGUGUAGCCGCCAAACGACAAGAGCGAGGGUGAGAGGAAGUGAUCCAGGUGCAGAAGAAGAUGGGGGAGACGGAGGAGGAGAAGAGCGCCCAAGCGGGGCCGCUGUUUGAGAGCUUUGUCCAGGCCCCCACCUGCAAGGGCACGCUGCAGGCCUUCAGCAUCCUGUGCAGGCAGCUGGAGCUGGAUCCGCAGGAGCACAGGACCUUCUACAGCGGCCUGCGGGCCCACGUCACCUCCUGGAAGGCCAAGGCUCUCUGGAGCAAGCUGGACAAAAGAGCUGCCCAUAAGGAGUACAAGAAGGGCAGGGCCUGUUCUGGUACCAAGUGCCUGGUCAUUGGAGGGGGCCCCUGUGGUUUGCGGACAGCCAUCGAGCUGGCUCUACUCGGGGCUAAGGUGGUGGUGCUGGAGAAGAGAGACUCCUUCUCCAGGAACAAUGUGCUGCAUCUGUGGCCCUAUACCAUCCAUGACCUGCGGGGCCUUGGUGCCAAGAUGUUCUAUGGCAAAUUUUGCGUUGGAGCCAUCGACCACAUCAGUAUCCGGCAGCUCCAGCUCAUGCUCCUGAAGGUCGCUCUCAUCCUGGCUGUAGAGGUUCAUGUUGGUGUAGAGUUUGUCAAGCUCCUGGAGCCCGAAGACCAGGAGAACCAAGGGCCAGGUUGGAGGGCAGCGGUCAGACCAGCUGACCACCCCAUCUCUGAUUUUGACUUUGAUGUGGUAGUGGGUGCGGACGGCCGGCGGAACACACUGGAAGGUUUCCGAAGGAAGGAGUUCCGCGGGAAGCUGGCCAUCGCCAUCACGGCCAACUUCAUCAACCGCAACACCACGGCCGAGGCCAAGGUGGAGGAGAUCAGCGGCGUGGCCUUCAUCUUCAACCAGAAGUUCUUCCAGGACCUCAAAGAUGAGACAGGCAUUGAUCUAGAGAACAUUGUGUACUACAAGGACAACACUCACUACUUUGUCAUGACUGCGAAGAAGCAAAGCCUACUGGAUAAAGGAGUCAUUAUUCAUGACUACGUUGACACAGAAAUGCUUCUGAGCAAUGAGAACGUGAACCAAGAAGCCCUGCUCUCCUACGCACGUGAAGCUGCCGACUUCGGCACCCACUACCAGCUGCCUUGCCUGGACUUUGCCAUGAACCACUAUGGGCAGGCGGACGUGGCCAUGUUUGACUUCACCAGCAUGUACGCCUCAGAGAACGCCGCCCUUGUCCGGGAACGCUUCGGCCACCAGCUUCUGGUGGCUCUCGUGGGUGACAGCCUGCUAGAGCCCUUCUGGCCCAUGGGUACUGGCUGCGCUCGGGGGUUCCUAGCCGCCUUUGAUGCCGCCUGGAUGGUGCGGAGCUGGGCACAGGGUUGGGCACCCCUGGAUAUCCUGGCGGAGAGGGAAAGCUUGUACCGACUGCUGCCCCAGACAACCCCUGAAAACCUCACAAAGAAUUUUGAGCAGUACACCAUAAACCCAGCGACCCGGUACCCCAAUCUCAACUCCAGCUGUGUGCGCCCCCACCAGGUGCGGCACCUGUACAUCAGUGGCGAGCUGCAGCCCUGCUCCCUACAGCGCGUUGGCUCGGUGUGCAGAUCAGUCAAUCUCUCUCGACGGGACUCUGAUGUUCGGCCGAACAGGCUGCUGACCUGGUGCCAGAGGCAGACCGAGGGCUACAGGGGUGUGAACGUGAUUGAUCUCUCUUUGUCUUGGAAGGACGGCCUGGCGCUGUGCGCUCUCAUCCACCACUUCAGGCCUGAUCUCAUAGAUUUUGACUCCCUAAGCAAGGAGGACGCGGCCGGAAACAGUCAGCUAGCCUUUGAAGUUGCCGAGCGAGAGUUUGGCAUCCCUCCCAUCAUGGUGGAGCAGGAGUGUGAGGCUGACCAGGAUCUGGACGAGCAACUCAUGGUCGCUUAUCUCUCCAAGAUGUAUGAGGUGUUCCGGGGUACCCCAGCACCUGGCACAGGUUCCAGAAGACAAUGGAAUUCACAAGAGGAGUAUUCUGCAAAGUCGACCAACACUGUUUGCAACCUGAUGAAUAUAGUGCUGCCUAGAAAACGGGUUCCGAAGGAUGAGAAGAAGCUGGAGGACAGUGACUCUUAUAACAAACGAAGACGGAGGAGCAACAGUUACCUGGAAGAGGCAACCAACUUCUCCAAUCAGAGUGCAGAUCUAGGGAGUGAGGCCAGUGACCUCAAGGAGAACAGGGUCAGGUCCAUGGCCACCCAGUUGUUGGCCAAGUUUGAGGGGAACGCACCCAACUGCGUGCUGCUAAGGAAGCCAAAGACUGGCUCAAGCACUGGGAACCUGCUGAGACCACGUUCUCUGGACAUGACAGAGACCCUCCAGUUAGCCAUGUCCAGGCUUGCUCCCCCUCCCCCUCCUACUCCUCCCAAACAGCAGUUCCAGUGUCCCCCCAUGAUGUCAUAUACAGCAUUGUCCACGAUUACGCUGCCCCCCAGCCCACAGCGUCUCCUCAGGAAGACCAAACCUGCCAGUCAGACUCCAGAGGGUCCGUCUGAUACAGACCCAGAUACAGACCCAGAAUACCCGACAUCCCGCCGUGCCGCUAUCAUAGCUGUGGCAGGAAUGCUCAAGCGCCUGCAGAGAGUGGAGGAAGAGAUCAGUCAGAAGAAGGCUCAGACCCAGAACAAUAGGGAGUUUCAGAACAAGAGCAUAAAGGAGAAGGCCGUCCACCUGAGCUCUUUGUUCUCGGGGUGUAAGAGCCCCCCAGCCCAGGACCUGGAUGUGCAGCUUUGUAAAAAAAAGAAAUCUCUGCAUGUGACUGAGGCAGACGUGUGUGAAAGAAAUGGCACCACCGACAUGAUAUUUCCAAAACAAAUGGAAAUUUCAGAUUCAGGUCCAGCUCAAACUUUUAAUUCUUCCAAACAGAGGACUGUGGGGAAGGUGUCAUCGGUCAUAGGUGCAAAGGCGGAAACACUAGCCUACCUGUAUGAGAACGACCACAAGCGAAAAACAGUUUGGUCAUUUCUCUCACCGGGUUCCUUGCGAAAGGUGUUCCCACAGGUCCUUGGGGGUGGGGACAGGUGUCACUUCUGCGGGAAGCAGGUGUACCUGAUGGAGCGCCUGAGCGCUGAGGGCCGCUGUUUCCACAGGGACUGUUUCCGCUGCCAGGCCUGUGGCUCCACCCUGAGGCUCGGGGGAUACGUCUACCACUCUGCACACGGCCAGUUUUAUUGCAAGGCUGAUUGUGCUCAGCUCAAAGGUAGCACCAAGCACAGGAGGAGGACGUUUGAACUUCAGAUGGGGAGUGGAGGGGCGGGGGUGCUGGAGGGCUUUCAGAGGGCCAGCCCUGACCGAACCCGGCGGCAGAGUGCUCCUGCAGGUAUCCUUCUCUCUUUCCUCAGGGAGACCCUGCGUUGGCCGCUGCACGCACCCUGCCGCCUGACCCGCUGGGUGCAGGGCACCACGCGGGCCGCAAGGCGCCACCUGUGGGUUAAUGCGGAGGAUUACACCUUCCUCUAUGAGCUGCUGAGCCUGGGCAUUCCCCUGCUCUGUGCCCUGCAGGAUGUCCUGACACAGAUGAGCUCUGAGCCCAGCCCCCUUUCCCACUAGCCAUGCCCCUCACCUGAGAACCUGCAGAGGGGCCAGUGUUGCCAGAUUGGGUGGAUUCCCGCCUAAUUAGGUUACCUUUUUAAUGUCACUGUGUGGGGAAAAUGGCUUUGGGCAGGUUCGCCGUUUUCAAAUCUGGCAACACUGAGAACUGGGUCCUUUCAGCAGUGAUAUCUCAUGCCAUGGCCGCCUUUUAAAUGUGAGCACAGGUUCUCACUCGCUACUAAUGGCAACAUAUUGCACGUUUAAGGAAUUAUUAAGGAAUCUCCUUAAUAAAACAGACUUUAAAAUGAGUUUUUAUGAAGUAACCAAAAAGGAAUGACUGAACGCACCUUAAUCAGGGGAACCUCAAUGGUGCUGAUCGGGCACAUUUAUCAAAUCCCAUGGUAACUUUCACAUAAAAAUCUGCGCUUUCACUGUUGUAUCCAAUGGAAACAAAACCAUUUUUUUGUUUUGUGACAUGAGUGUUUACAUUUUUCAUCGAAGAUUAGAAUUCUACCUAUGGCCAUAUUGUAUAUUUUACAGUGCGCUGUUGUUUAAAGCUUUAUGUAUUGUUCAUUGCUCUUCUUAUCAAAAGCACUCUGUGUUGCUUCUUUGAUUCAAUUCAAUUUUGCUGUUGAAUUCCGUCCACCCUCACAAAUAAAUAAUUAUGGUAAUAUAUAUAAUUAGUUCAGUUAACAAUUAGUCUUUGAUAAUUUGGUCUUUGGUAAAUGUAACAUUGACAAUUAGUCAAUGUUAAAUUUACCAUGCUCUUCACAGGCAUUGCUUUAUAUUAGUACUCUUCUGUGAAGAAUGCUAGCUCAGGUUGUGAGAAUGGUUUACUGUUUAAAGUUUUAAUGGUGGUUUAUAUGAAAGAGGUGUGCAAAAGACUUGUGACCUCACUAAGAUCAGCAUCACCUGUACUUACCAGCGCACUGGAAAUGCACUCUGAGAGAGGACAAUGAGGCCUCAGCCAUUUGUGUAUUUUCUCUAAAAUAUAUGCACAAUACCUCAAAACAAAUGAUUUUCAUAGCAGCAUGUACUGUACAUCCUGAAUAAUCUAUUGACAGGGCUUAUUGAGCUUGCUACAUGUGUAGUGGAUGGGAAGAUGCUAUGUAAAUGAUCAGACAAUGUCCUUCUGCAGGGACAGAUCUAGAAAUUAUUUUUUCAGGGAUAAAAAUACGACUAAGGUCCCCCAUUACCCCUCUACAACCCGUGCACACACACACCCCCCAUCUCUAGGGGCCCCCAAAAAAAUGUUAUUGACAAUUCUGUUUUCUGUCCUGUAAUUUGAUUUAGAAUUUAUUUAUUGACCCCAUUCCUACAGUCUUGUAUUUUAGAAACUGUUAUGUUGCAUUCUCUCAACACUGUUUUUUUGCUGUUUUUCACCCUCUGAUCUUUUCCAAUAUUACAUUUUUCCAUACUGUCUCAAUUUUCUCACAGUUGUUUUCAGCCUCCCAGCAUCACAAGCUCUGAUUGGCUGAAAAAUGGCUACGGGAAGGUGAUAGCCUGCAUGGUCCAUAGUCACAUGACUGAGUUUACUGUCUUGCUGUGGUUGCCACUGUUCUUUUAUCAGCUGUUAUUGCAAUAUUAUAUUCAUUUGCAUUUUUGCUGAGAACGGUGCAUGGAUUUUGUGUUUCAAAGAAUUCAGAUUUGUUUUGGUCUCCAUCUGAAAACAAUUUCUGACUUUUCAUCCAAACCCACCCCAACCAAAAAAACCAAAACAAAGUGAGUUGCAUGGCUCAAAGUCAAAGACUGCAGUUUCAAUUUUAUUUUCAUUAAUAGAAAUGCUGUGGAGUUUUUGUUGUUGAUCCUAACUUGCCUGUCAAACAUUUCAACAUCUCAGAGAUCAGAGGUAACAUUUAUCACUCCUGAAAGUGAACUUACUCUCUUCACCUGUCUUUUUUCUGUCUUCCUGUGUUAUCCUCUGUUCCAGGAGCUGCUUAUAAAUCAGACAAUCAUGUGAGAGUGGUCUUCUUCCUUAAAAAAGGGAUGGGGGCAACUUCUGCUCUGAAGGUCCUAAUGGUUGACAUUUUUACAAAUUCACAACCAGUUUCGUCCUGUAAAUUUGAAGCUGUAUUUAUACGAAUUCUUCUGUUAGGCUGUAUUUUGCACAGUUUUUUUUUCCUUCUUUGGCCUAAUUCAUAUUUAAUGCUGUACGUUUAAAAUAAAUGGACCGACAAACUCCCUCA